AACGAUUCUACACUGAUGGGGGACCCGCAUCGCUCGCAGGCAAACCAUGCAAUUAUACAGGCAGGAGCUUCUUCUAUUAUCAAUACAUACUCACCCUGCUGACACGUGAUAGACGGGAGACAGUCGUUCCACUGCAUCAGCAGCGAUGACAAAGAGCUGCCUCCCCUCGAUAACAACCUUACAAAGCCCUAAAGCGUACCGUGUGUUGGGGGCCAGCUGUGGGCAAACGGGGCGAAUGAAAGCUAUACUUACCUGGUGGAUAAUGUGCAGAAAACCCUCUCGGUCCCUCUCUCCUCUGAGCCCACGACACAUGGAACGGUUAACGGAUUACGGUUAUUCUGGGUUAAAUGGGGGGGGUGAGGAGUUCUUUUGGUGCAGGUGCUGUAGUGGAACAUACGGGUAUGGGUUGAUACUUAGGAGGGCGGGUUGGGCCCCAGAGUAUUGUCUGAUGGAGCGACGCAG